UUCACAACUUCAGUAUGGCCACUGCGUAUUACGAGUUUUACCGGGGUUCAUCAAUUGGGAUGGCUCUGACGGAUUCGCUGGACGAACUCAUCACGAGUGGCGCAAUUACACCUCAGCUGGCGAUGAAGGUUCUCCAACAGUUCGACAAGUCGCUCGCGGACACGAUGAUCAAGCAGGUGAAGAACAAGACGACGCUCAAGGGCCACCUGCAUACCUACCGGCUGUGUGACGACGUAUGGACGUUCAUCGUCAAGGACGCUUCGUUCAAGAUGGAGUCGAACGAGAUGGUGACCGCGCCGAAGAUCAAGAUAAUAGCGUGUAAGAACGGGGACGCGGUAGAGGCUGGAAAGAAGUGACGGAGCCGCGCCUUCCGCCUUUGCUUCCCUACAUUCGCUUUCCUAUCAUCUCCACGACCGGCUGCCGACCGUCGUGUCCACUUGUUCAGCCUUGUCUGUCCACAAACGUCCUGUCCUCUUGUACCGUUAUCCAGCAUAUUAUUUAAACAGUUUCCAUUCGCGACGCUUUCCGAUAUGUACCUCUCCAUUUUUGUGCCACCGUUCCCUCGUUUCGGCUCCGUUCUCGGCCGGGCCGCCUGCUAUAACUACUGGCACUUUUUG